AUAUAGCUUCAUGAAAAAGAAAUAUCUUCCUAAGUUUGAAAACCAUUUAGGAAAUAUUUGGUAACAAGCCACUCAUUUAUUUGGUUGGUUUCGUUUUGGCCAUAGUUAUCUACUUCUUUCUUCCACACGAGUACUACAUCACAAGAACACACCACACCUAAUUCCAAGGAAAGAAAAUGAGCCUUGUAAUGCUUCAACUGUCGUUAACACAUGAUUUUUCAUACGUGUCCCCAAAACAAGCCAUGACACAGAAACAUUGGCCACCACAAACACGUGGCUUUCGUCCAAGAGCUCGAAAAACAAGCCAUUUCUUUUGUUGUUUGAAGAUUACACCGCAAAGAGUUACCAAUAGUACUGGUUUGGUUUUUAGGCCCAUCACAACAGAGAAUCAAGAAACUUCUUCCCAAUCCACACCACCCUAUUGAAAGGUCACUGACCCUGCCACACUGCACCACUUCAUUGGUCCUCACAAAAGUUCCCCGAACACGUGGCCUCGUCAACUUUGCCCUUUUGGUCCAAUGAAAACGGCAGUUGUACCAAAAAAAAAAAUCAGACCCCAUUUCAUAUCUCAUAUACCUGUCACCACCCUCUUAAAAGACUCGAACAAAAGCUACACGUGUCUCCACUCCACGUGUUGCUGCUGUGGUUAUCCUACGAACCAGGGUUAAUGUACUCAUGAUUAGAAAAUGAGCCGAGCCGAGCCCCCAUGUUAUGUUAAUUAGUAGUAGUAUAUCAACAGAGCCUCCGAGCAAGUUUUCUGUUGUGUCUCGCGUUUGCUCUAUUGAGCUUUUCCUUACCCUUACGUGGUACGAAAACCAGUUCCUCGUUUCUUGUUCUCUGCUUUGUUUUUUCAAGAAAAAUAGUAAGAUGGGACUCUCAAACUUUCCUACAGCAGCCGAAGGAAUGUUACCUGUGCUAGUAAUAAACAGUGUUUUAUCAGUGGCUCUGUUGAAGAACAUGGUGAGAUCUGUGCUUCAAGUCAUGGGUGCCAAUAUGAGUUCUCCAAACGUUGUGGAAGAAGACCCAGAUGAGUUUUCUUCACCAGAGGCUGUUUCAAGGGACAGAAGAAUCUCAAUAACCCAGUUCAAGUCUCUGUGCCAUGACAGGUUUUUCGAAGCCAAAACUAGUAUUAGCAGUAGUACUAGUAUUAGCAGUAGUACUAGUAAUAGUAACACUAAUUCAGUAGAGUGCUGUGUUUGUCUAUGUCGGUUUGAAGCUGACGAGGAGGUGAGUGAGUUGUCUUGCAAGCAUUUUUUCCACAAAGGGUGUUUAGAGAAAUGGUUUCACAACAAGCAUGAAACGUGCCCCUUGUGUCGUUCUAUUGAGUAAUCAUGCCAGUGUUGUGAGUUUUGAAGGUGUUUCAGAAAAAGACUAGUUCUUCACUUUGGGUUUUUUUUUGCUUUGCUUAGCUUAGCUUAGCUUUGUGUGUAUGUUGUGUGCUGUGUGAGAAGAUGUAAGAAUAACCAGCAAGGGAAUUGAGCAUCUUCUGUACUCAAUAUACUAUACAUCAACUAUACAUGUUUUCU